AUGGCAGACCCUGUAGCCCGUGCUCGUGAGAUUGCAGCGCGUCUUGCAGCAGCUGCAAUUCCUGGUGGUGACGCGCUGGGCAAACGCAAAAGUCGAUGGGAGGGUGAUACAGAUGGCGGGGUACGACCUGCACCGGGUUUAAGUGACAAGAAGCGCAAGAAAGUGUACAUUCCCGUGGAUAGAUACCCGGACAUUAACUUUAUGGGACUUUUGAUUGGUCCCCGAGGGUCCAAUCAGAAACGGAUGGAGGACGAGUCAGGGGCACGGAUUUUAAUCCGUGGCAAAGGCUCAUCAAAAGACCCAACGGGUGAACCGGAUGAGAAUGAGGAACUUCAUGUGCUGAUUACUGCUGACUCUGAUGAGGCAGUAGCUAAGGCUCAGAGUGCAGUGGAAGAUAUUCUAUUUAACCCACAGCAAGCUAUGAAGCUGAAGCAGGAACAAUUACGCAAAGUUGCAGAGCUUAAUGGGACAUUGAUCGAGAAUUACGGUACACAGAGGUUUGGAGACGGUGAUAACCAGACGGGUGGAGCUAAUGGCAGUGAAAAUCCACCUCAUUAUGGUCCUGGUAAUGAUAGUGCUUCCAUUUCAAUUGAUAUGAAGGUGCCACGUGACUUAGUAGGUUAUAUCAUUGGACGUGGAGGAGAGACUAUCCGUGAUCUUCAGAUGAAGAGUGGUGCACAUAUCCAGAUCGUACGUGAAGAAGAAGGAGCGCCAACCACACCUGACCGUUUUGUGAACAUCACGGGCAAUCAAGAUGCUUUAGAUCUGGCUCAAAAACUCAUUCAGAAUUUGAUUGACGAGCGACAGCAGAAUCAAGGGACUGGUGGUGGAUUCCGUGAGCGUGAUGAUCGGGAUCGUAUGGCGCGCUACGGCGGUAUCAACCCUGAUGGCAGUGAUUCGGUGGAGAUAUUGAUUCCUAACGGGCGCGUUGGACUCAUUAUCGGUCGUGGUGGCUGCACGAUCAAGGCGAUUCAGCAGCGUACUGGUACAAGUGUCACUAUUCCGCAGACGCCAGAUCCGAAUCACCCUGAGAUGCGCCUCAUUACGAUUCGUGGUACGAUGGAGGCGAAGGAGGCUGCUAGAUUCGAGAUUCAAGCAAUGGUCAACGAGGAGCCAGGGCAGCGACAAAGCUUCGGCAUGGCCUCUAGCCAGACCAUUUACAUGCAGGUGCCUAACGACAGGGUCGGUGUCAUCAUUGGCAAGCGUGGAGAAACGAUCAAAGGAAUUCAGGACCGCCAUGCUGUCCGCAUCCAAAUUCCGCAAGUGCCGGACCCGGGUUCGAACCCACCGGUGCGCACCAUCUCUAUUCAAGGUCCAUCGCAGAGCCUAGCAGCUGCGAAGGAGGAAGUUGACAUGGUGAUAUUACAAGGUGCAGGUACCCACGGGUUUGGUACAGGUGGGGGUCAGUAUGGGGGUGACAAUGGCUAUGGUGGAGGCUAUGAUCAGCAACAACAGUAUGGAAGUUACGGAGCCCAGGGCCAGCAGGAUCAGUACGCUUCUUACUAUCAGCAACAGGGUCAACAAGGUCAGUAUUACGAACAGGAUGCAUCAGCCACCGGAACGGCAGCAACUGUAGCUGUGGGUGGGGACCAAACAGCGGCAACGACAGCCACAGCAGAUCCGAAUGACCCGAACGCCUAUUGGAACGGUUACUACGAGUACGCAGCGUACUACGGUGUGGAUGCUGCUAAUGCUGCUUGGGGUGUGACCGGUGCUGCUGCGCAAGCUAGCGCUGAAGCUUACCAGCAAUAUCAGCAGCAGGCUGGCGUGGCUGGCAGCGCAGAGGCUGUCUCCGCUGCUGCGCCGGGAGCUACCAGCGAUGCCUCUGCUGUGGCUUCCUCUGUCAGUGACGCACCUGCGUCUUUGGCCACAGGUGAUGCUGAUGCUGAUUCGUCUUCGGCUCCUGCAAGCGCUGCUUCACAGAAUCAAGGACCCCCAGCUGAGCUGGGCCAGAUUGGGGCGGACCGGGGCGAUGCACAGGUAGGCAUUGAAAAGGACAUGGAAGGAGAGACCGGAAACCAUCACGUCAUUUCAGUACGACGUAUGUUUCGUUCCGAUGAUACGCGUUUGUGA